AUGAGCAGAGAAGAACCCUACUUGGAGGCGGUGUAUGGGGAACUCCACGAUACGGUGGAGAGAGUGGGAGAUAUCUCGUUGAUGGUCGACGAAGUAUCCGUGGAGAAUUCGCCCUCUGGCUACCCUCCACUGGGAGACUCUAGAGACGUCACAGUUUUCAACUCCCCCUCGAGAUCUUCCUCGCCAGACAGUUUCGCAGAUGAGGUACAAGGACUCACGAAUCAGGAAGCCGAAAAACUGCAAAUGACUGUCGGUUUCAACGAAAUCGCCACUCAACGCAAACCGGGGAUUCUCGUUUUCCUUUCUUAUUUCGUGGGGACCGUUCCCAUUAUCAUGAUCCUGACAGCCAUCAUCACGGCGUCAAUUCCUGGAGUCACAGGCGAGCGAGACUUUUUCAGUUUGACCGCUAUUCUCGUCGAGUUGUUCCUGAUUGUUGGGAUGGAGCACAUCAGCGAGAGGAACGCGGGGAAUGCAGUCGGCGAACUGGAGAAAUUGAAUGCGCCAAUGUGUCAGUGCAAACGAGACGGGCAGUGGGUGACAAUAGCAGCACGAGAACUGGUGCCAGGAGAUAUCGUGGCGCUCAGAGGCGGAACAAUCGCGCCUGCAGAUGGGAGGCUCGUGGGCCGCGGGCUUCCUAUCCUCGUCGAUGAAUCUUCGCUAACUGGAGAGUCAUUGGCAGUCACGAAGGCCAGAGGCGACACGAUGCUCCAAGGUGCGGUCAUUCAGAGCGGCGAGCUGUACCUGCUCGUCGAGAAAACAGGGGCAGACACUCUGUUCGGGAAGGCUCUUGAGCUUCUUGGCAAAACAGAGACGAAAGGAAAUCUGAAACAAGUUCUGGAGAAAGUUGCCAGACUCAUCUGCGGCGUCGGCGCGGUCUUCAGCGUCGUGCUGAUGUUCGUCCUCGUCUUCCGCGAUGAUGUCCCCUGGUACCAGGCCUUCGCAUUCGGUCUCGCUCUCCUCUGCUGUAUCUUGCCUUCCGCAAUGCCUCUUGUCACCACCGCGGUCCUUUCGACAGGAGCACUGGAGUUGAGCAGAGAGAAAGCUCUCGUUUCUCGUCUCUCUGCGAUCGAAGAACUGGCCGGCAUGGACAUCCUCUGCAGUGACAAAACGGGAACGUUGACCCUGAAUAAGCUCGUCAUUGACAAAGAGGAGUCACACGCGAGGGAGCAGCCUUUGUCGGUGUUUCCACGAGUGUGCGUCGAUCGACGUUCCAAGAAGGAAGCCCCCCUGGCGGAUUCAUAA